AUGCCUCACUCUGCCGCCGUUAUUCCCGCCGCCAAGGCCCCGUUGGAGGUUCAAGAAGUCGAGACACCCCAGCUCGGCCCCAACGAGCUUCUCGUCCAGAACGAGCUCAUCGGUCUCGUGCCUAUCGACGCUAAGAUCGCCAAGCUUGGGGUCUUCCCCAUCCCGUACCCGUCCAUACUCGGAACGUCAUACGGCGGCACGGUCUCGGCGGUCGGAUCCGCCGUCACGGGGUUCAAAGUCGGCGACAAGGUUGCCGCGGCUAAAAGUCCCACUGCGGAGGGAAACCAGUACGGCGCGUUCCAGAAGUUUGUAGUCGCACGAGACAACACGACGAGCAAGCUUCCCGACACAGUGGCCGACCUAAACGGCCCCGUGGGGUCCAUCGGAAACUUGACCACCGUCGUCGGCCUGUUCAACGCGCAUGCCGGACUGGACAGACCCGACCCGAACACCAAGGCGCCGUCCAACGGCAAGAAAGUGCUCGUCUACGGCGGCACGUCGAGCUUCGGUAGUCUUGCGGCGCAGUACGUCGCCCAAGCGGGAUACGACGUCGUGACUACGACUUCUCCCAAACAUGCCUCUUUCGUAAGCAGGCUGGGCGCCGUCAAGGUCGUCGACCACACGCAGAGCCAAGAAGACAUCAUCAAGGCAUUAGUCGCAGAGGGGCCGUACCACCUCGUCGUGGACUCCAUUUCCCUCCCAGACACGGUCAAGAUUGCGGGCGCCGUGCUAGCUGCGCAGGGCGGGGGAAAGAUUUACGCGCUUCUGCCGCCUUUCGGCCAGGAUGACCUCCCCGAAGGCGUGACUCGGGAGUUUGGGGCGUGGAGCGCGGUUCUGGGCGAGAAGGAGAAUGAGGAGUUGCUCAGGUGGGCGUUUGGCACUUACUUUGCGCAAGCGGCUGGCGGCGGGAAGCUUCUCCCUCUUCCUGUCCGGAAGGUCAGUGGUGGUCUGGGCGGGCUUAAUGAGGCUCUGGAUCUCCUUUACAGGGGUGUCAGCGGCUUGAAGGUGGCUGUGGAUCCGCGAGAGUAG